AUGCCUUUCCAGUCGGCUCGAAGACUGUACAAUAUUUUCGUCGGUGCGCCUGCUAUUUCCAAGUCCGAUGAAGCAAUCAAAAUCGGUCUCAUUGGAUGUUCCAACAUCGCACCCCAGGCUGUAAUUCUACCAUGUAGAUCCCACGCAGAAGCCGUCGUUUGGGCUGUCGCAGCUCGUGAUCGGAGCAGAGCUGCAGAAUUCGCCAAAAAAUGGGACAUCCCGCAUGUUCAUGCAUCCUACGAAGAUCUGAUCAAAGACCCGCAAGUCGACUGCGUUUACAUCUCCUUGCCAAAUGCUCUACAUUUCCAGUGGGCGCUCCGGGCUAUUGAGCACGGCAAACAUGUCCUCCUCGAGAAGCCUGCGACAUCAAAUGCCACAGAGAUGGAAACUCUGGCUGCCAGUCCCGCUCUCCAGGUCCCAGAUGCGCCGAUCCUGCUGGAAGCCUGGCAUAAUCGCUUUCACCCCGCCUGGCAGACUUUCCUGUCCCUUUCUCGAGAACAUCCCCAUGCGGGACCUAUCAGCAAGGUACAUUGUCAGACGUACGCAUGGAAAGGAUUUGUACCUGCGACCGACAUCCGGCUCAAUUAUGAGCUGUCAGGAGGUUGUCUGAUGGACUUCGCAGUGUACAAUAUGGUUUGUAUCCAGGAUGUCUUGGAGGAUUCAAGGCCGAAGGUGGAUGAUGUGCGGUUCAGACUGUGGGACGACCCCGUGUCGAAGAGCCAGGGCGGCCCGUCGGGGCAGAUCGACAUCGCGGUCGAGUGUACGCUCACCAACAAGUCGGGUGUGACAGCGACGCUGACAUCGGACAUGAGCAAGGUGGGCGACUGGCCCAUUGUCCCGCGCGACUGGUCCAAGACCUGGCCGAGUGCGGGCUGGCCGAAAUGUGUUGUGGAGUGCGAUCCCAUCGGAGUAAAGGACUCCUCACCGACCAUUGAGGGAAGCAAACACACGUUACAACGAACAUUGACCUUAUGGAAUCCUGUCCUCAUGCAUCUAUGGCACUCCAUCGACAUUGUCGAUGUCCAUGCACGACAGACUUCUGACGGCGAGACGACGACGUGGACGGAGAAGCAGACUAUCAAAGCUUAUAGCUGGCGAGACGUGAACAAGAAUCUUCCAGGAGAAUUCUGGUGGUCUACGUACAGAUAUCAGCUCGAGGAAUUGGUCAAUCGCAUCAAAGGCCGCGAGGGCUCAGGCGUGUGGAUGAGCCUCGAGGAUAGUGUUGGACAGAUGGAGACGGUGGAUAAAAUUUAUGUAAGCGGAGGGCUGAACAUCAGGCCGACAAGUUCACUGGCAGGAAACCUUCGAGCAUGA